AUGGCCCACAAGUCACAAAUGCCUCGAUUCCUCAAUUCCCUUAGUCAACCGCCUCCAACAUACCCGCGCUGUCAACGCACAUCCCGCGGGAGUGAUGUACUAACAACUAGGCAGCGUCAACUUCUCUCUCUGCGAUCACCCCUGCUGUCGCCCCAUGCCGCAAACCCCACGAAGACAGCCAUCCCCGUCACCGAUGAUCACAUCGCCGAUGGUCCACCGCCAUCGAUCUCCGGCACCAUCCACUCUACCCCAACCCCUGCGUCGAUCAAGGCGACCAACACUGUUCUCAUCACGAUAUCUCGCAUUCCCCCCACCGAUGGGACGACAUCCGACGUCCUGUAA